AUGCUGCUGGAAGAAGGCAGAAGCUCGAAGUUCGUCAUAGCAGAAGCAGCGCUUAAAAGCGGCGUCACUCUGGGUGCUAUUUUGGCCGAUGAACUCAAAGAAAACCAGCGCCGCUUUAAAGGUUACUAUCUGGCCUGUUUUCAAAUUGGAUACGAAGAAUUCAAGAUGCUUCCCCAAUUUUCAGCCAGAGCCAUUUUACUCUUGGAUUAUUAUCAUUAUUAUUAUGAUUAUGCUCUCACUGGAGAAGAUUAUGCACUCACAGAGCUGAGGUUCGGCUCAGGCUGGAUCCUAUGA